AUGAAAUUCUCCAACACUCUUUUUACCGUCGCCAGCCUGGCGCUGGCCAAUGCCCUCCCCCAAGCAUCCACCUUGUCCCCGUCUCCCUCCCCAUCGGCAUCACCAUCACCAUCUUCAACCGCAGCCGCCGCCUCCUUCGCGACCACCUCGGGCCUCGACUUCGUCAUCGACGGCGAAACCGGCUAUUUCCCUGGCUCUAACAGCUACUGGAUUGGCUUCCUAACCAACGAUGCCGACGUGGACACCGUCUUCGACCACAUGGCCGAAUCAGGCCUGCGCAUUCUCCGCGUUUGGGGCUUCAACGACGUAAACACCGUGCCCGGGGAGGGAACGGUCUACUACCAACUCCACCAGGACGGAAAGUCCACGAUCAACACUGGCGCCGAUGGGCUGCAGAGACUCGACUAUGUAGUCCAGAGUGCGGAGGAGCGAGGAAUCAAGCUGAUUAUCAAUUUUGUGAACUACUGGGACGACUACGGCGGGAUGAACGCCUAUGUGCAGGCAUAUGGUGGCUCUGACAAUUCCGAUUUCUAUGCUAGUGAGGAGAUGCAGACUGCGUACAAGGCUUAUAUCCAGGCCGUUGUGGAGCGGUAUGUCGACUCGCCGGCAGUGUUUGCGUGGGAGCUUGCGAAUGAGCCGAGAUGUCAGGGGUGUGAGACUUCUGUUCUGCAUGAGUGGAUUGAGAGCACGAGUUCUUAUAUCAAGGGACUGGAUUCGGAGCAUUUAGUUUGCAUUGGUGAUGAGGGCUUCGGCCUCGAGACUGGCUCUGAUGGAAGCUAUCCGUUUGGAUACUCCGAAGGCUCGGACUUUGCAAAGGCGUUGACCAUCGAUACUAUUGACUUUGGAACCUUCCAUUUGUACCCGGAUAGCUGGGGCACUAACAACGACUGGGGCAACCUCUGGGUGACCUCGCACGGCGCGGCCUGCGAAGCCGCCGGAAAGCCGUGUCUUUUUGAAGAAUACGGCGUGACGUCGAACCACUGCGCAGUCGAGAAGCCAUGGCAGACGACGGCGCUGAACACGACAGGCGUUUCGGGCGACCUGUACUGGCAGUAUGGCGAUACCCUGAGCACCGGACAAUCGCCGGACGACGGCAAUACGUUUUAUUAUGGAACCGAGGAGUUUGAGUGUUUGGUUACGGAGCAUGUCGAGGCGAUUAAAGCCAGUGGCCGGGGAUGA